AUGGGGGGCGAUGGCGGCUCAUUCUCAGGCCGCGCCGAAAUGGUGCGGACCAAAGGCUUUAAGUUCCUGAGGAACCUUGGUGGUAUGGGCUACACCCCGAACACACAAAUUAGAGCGGGAGAUGAGCGGUUUGGCAGGAACGAGAAUCGUGACUUGCGGACCUCGACAUGCGCCCUGUCCGAGGAAAAGCUUCGGCCACCUUUAGUUGUAUGUCGGGUAGGCCGUCUUUACAACAAGGAAAAGGUGAUCACCGCAAUGCUGGAGAAGGCGCUUCCGCCCCAUAUGAAGCAUAUCAAGAGUCUCAAGGAUAUGAAGGAAUGCAGAAUCGAGGUGAACGCAGCCACAGGGUUUCCUAUUUGCCCUAUCACGAAGGCUGAUCUGAGUAGCGGCGUCCGCGCGUCAAUCAUCUGGCCCUGUGGCUUCAUAGUCUCGAACAGAGCCCUGGAGGCAAUGACACAAAAGGAUGCGGAAAUUAGUCAUCCGGAACACAAAAUCAGCGAUUCAGGAAAACCCAGGAUUAAAGGCACUUUUGUUUGCCCCAUGUGCGCGAAGGAGCACAGUGCCGCCGAGGAUCUCGUUCCACUCUCCCCAGAUGAAGAAGAAAUUGCCAGCUUGCUCGAGAAGGCCACUGCAUUGCAGCAAGCGAAGAAAACAAGCAAGAAGCAGAAAGUACCUAAACCAGCGGACCAUGACGGAACAUCGAAUUCCGCAAAGGCCACCUGCCCAGCUACGGCAUCUCCUGUCACGGACGCCGAGAAGGCGCCAGGAUCUUCAUGCAAAAACUCCGUAAUACCGACAGACAAGGUUGGUAGUAUUGUGGUGCCCCCGAAGCGACUGAGAGACUGGGUUUUAGAAUCAGAGCCCCCUGCCUUGACGCCGAGCAGUGCGUCCAAACACCGAAAAGUUGCAGCUUAG